AUGUUUUCCUGCAAGGAGGCAAUUACAGUUAUAUCCACCGAUCUGCUUGAUGAUGACCUAGCAGUGUAUGUUGACCAUCUGAAGCAGUUGCAUAAUGAUAUGGUCACUCGCUUCUCUGACCUACUCCAAAUGACUGUGCCACACUGGUUUGUGGAUCCCUUCAUUGCUGAUGUAUCUGAAGUUGAUGUCACCCUACAAGAAAGUCUCAUUGAACUUCAGAAUAACACAACAGCUCAAGCAAGGUUCAAGCGUGGAGGACACCAGAAGCUGUGGAUGAAUCAAGAUGUGUAUAAGAAGUACCCAAUACUCUGGAAAGAUGUGAAGUUGCUCUUACUUGCCUUUCCCACGUCUUACUUGGUUGAGACUGGUUUCAGUCGGGUGAUGUACCUGCUGUCAAAGACACGAAAUCGCCUUGACAUAGAAAAAAGAGGCGAUUUACGUCUCUCUCUGACAGCUUUCAAGCCAAACAUUGACAAGUUGGCAGCCUUGCAUCAGUCACAGGGAUCCCACUGA